CCUCCUCCUGACGUGUAUGUUUUGAGUUCUCAAACGUUUUCUGACGUAAUAUAUCCGAACAAGAAUGAAAUUACUCGAAAUUUCGAGCAUUAUUCAGCUUGAAUUAUUUUUUAUAUUUAAGCAGUUUCUGUGCCGAAGUCCAGUAUCAACAGUUCAUAGAGCAUUUUAUUCAAAGCUGCAAACAAACAGUUGAAAAUUUUGAAUUCAAUCGCAAGAUCAUUUUGAAGAAAGUAAACGAAUUUGAGUGUUAUAGUAUAUUUGCUAUAAAAAUUACAAAAUGAGUAGAUCUGUCCGGAGAAGACAACCAGGGUUAGAAUACGGAAUUUAUUUGCUGGGAAUGCAAGCAAUGAAUUAUGGAGUUGAUAAAAUACCACCUGUAACUCUAUUUGGAAUUGUGUCUCAGGCUCUCUUGUACACUGGAAUUAUUCAGGUACCUUGGAACUCUGAAGAUGUAUGUAUAUCAGCUGUCAAAGUACUUAAAUAUAAAGACUGGAGAUCAUUCAUUGUAUCAAACUUCGAACAUGGAUCUGAUAUGCAUUUGUACUACAACAUGGUAUCAUUCUUGUUGAAAGGAGCUUAUUUAGAACCUAUGUAUGGAACAGUGAACUUUGGAAUUCUGAUUGGAGUACUAUCAUUAGGGUGUAGCGCAAUGUACGUAUUUUUAUCUUGGGCUUUGAUGCAGUUAACAACUGACUACUCUUAUUAUACAACAUGCGCUAUUGGAUUCUCUGCUGUGUUGUUUGCUCUGAAAGUAAUUGUUGUGUGCGAAGAACGAGAUAGACUGCACGAUGUAGGAGGAUUUAGAGUUCCAAGUAAAUUCGCAGUAUGGGCAGAACUAGUACUUAUUCAUAUGCUAGUUCCCAACGCUUCAUUCGUCGGACAUCUAGGAGGAAUUUUAGUCGGUUGUCUGUAUUGUUACACAUUUGUUGGAGCUAUUAUUGAUAGUAAAAUUAAUACUAUUACUGGUAAACCAAUUAUUCAUGAAGAGGCUUUCUAUCGACGACGAUCAUUUCUAUUUUAAUUAUAUAAGUACUAUAAAUAAUAAAAUUAUUCGUUUGUUACGUAUUUUUGUAAGGGAUAUUUAUAAAAAAAGACUACACUUUUUUAUAUAAUAAAUAUUUAUUUUUUCAUACU